CGGAGCUGAAACAACGAGCUGUAUCGGCGGGCUGUAGUGGUGUGUACGGUUUUGUAAGACAGCGCCACAGGCUCCACUAACAGGACUAGAUCACUGUAGCACACGAUUAUCCAAAGAAGCUGUGUGUGUGGUAAAAACGCAUAACAAGAGCUGUGCUAUUUUAGUCGCGAACCCAGACCUCCGACAUUUUUUAGGGUCCUUCAGUACCAAUGCUAUAUCAACAAAGAAGUGUUUAUGUGAUAUGACAACGCUCUGACUGUCCAGUGGGCGAGACUUGCACGACAGCAGAUUUUCAACAUACAUUAUACGGAUAACCAUCUGUUUAAAGUCGUCGCUUGAGAAUCCAGCGAUUGAUUGUGUGGUUCACAAAGAAUGUACUUGGUUACACUUCUCAACACGUGGACAUUAUGAUGCAACUCUCCAGGAAUACUUGGACAACACAGAUUCUUGUCUGAUGACGCUGUGAGUCGGAUAGAGAUCUGCACCAUGUUUCAAGUUGUUAGGACAACCCAAUCCCUGUGUCGGCAGCAGACAUAUUGUGUUUUGUGUGGACAUCGGUCAAGACUGACCUACACCAAUGGUCAGCUGGUCAGAUGUUUGUCUGUCAGUUCAGUGCAUAGACUCAAUGCCGGCCAGCGAUCAGAGUUGCCUAAAGCGAAGACAAUUGUGGUGAAGCUUGGCAGUGCAGUGAUAACACGCGAGGAUGAGUGCGGAAUAGCGCUGGGAAGACUGGCCUCCAUCGUGGAACAGGUUUCUGAGCUACAGAACCAAGGGAGACAAAUGCUGAUGGUGACAAGCGGCGCCGUUGCGUUCGGCAAGCAGAAACUGCAGCAGGAGAUCAUCAUGUCGAUGAGCAUGAGGGAAACCCUCGUCAAGCGGGAAAACAUUCGAGGUCAGCCCAUCCUGGAGCCAAGAGCGUGUGCGGCCGCUGGACAGAGUGGUCUCAUGUCGCUAUAUGAAGCCAUGUUUAUGCAGUAUGGAGUCCGCACAGCACAGGUCCUGGUGACCAAGCCCGACUUCUACAACGAUGAGAGUCGCAAGAACCUCCGGAGUACACUGAACGAGCUGCUGAAGCUGAACAUCAUCCCCAUACUGAACGCUAACGAUGCUGUAGCUCCGCCUCCUGAACCAGACAAGGAUCUGGCGGGGAUCAUCAGUGUGAAGGACAACGACAGUCUCGCAGCACGCCUUGCAGUGGAGAUCAGUGCCGACCUCAUGAUCAUCAUGUCAGAUGUGAACGGCCUCUACACCUCCCCCCCUGGACACCCAGAGUCCCGCCUUCUCCACACCUACUCACCCCUUUACCCAGAUAAUGGACUCAUCUUUGGGGAGAAAUCUCGAGUUGGACUUGGUGGGAUGGAGUCAAAGGUGAACGCAGCAACCUGGGCCCUGAAGCUUGGGAGUUCUGUUGUCAUCUGUAACGGUUGUGAGGAAAACGCUAUCGUCAACAUCGUCAAAGGGAAGCAAGUGGGAACGUUCUUCACCAUGGAGGAGAAUGUAGGAACACCAGUGGAAGUGCAAGCUAUACAAGCUCGAGAUGGGUCAAGGAAGCUUCAGGCCUUAACCAGUGGUCAGCGGGCAGCCAUCGUGAACCGCUUGGCAGACCUGCUGAUGGAGAAGAAAGUGGACAUCUUGCAGGCUAACCAGGUGGACGUCAGGAAGGCCUACUCUGCAGGACUGGCAUCUCCUCUGGUGUCACGACUCAUCCUGAACGAGAACAAGCUGCAGAUCCUGGCAGACGGACUGCGGAAGAUAGCCGAAGACUCUUUCUCUGCAGUAGGACGGGUGCUACAGCGGACACGCAUCGCUGAGGGUAUCGAGCUGGAAAAGAUCACUGUGCCCAUUGGAGUUCUUAUGGUCAUAUUUGAAUCAAGACCGGACGCACUGCCACAGGUGGCAGCACUGGCUAUCUGUAGCGGUAACGGUCUGCUGCUGAAAGGAGGCAAGGAGGCUGUCAACAGCAACAAGAUGCUCCACUCCCUUGUCAUGGACGCUCUGGAACCAUAUGUUCCAAGGGAGACAAUCUCAUUGAUCAGCCGGCGCGAGGACAUCGAGGAUCUGCUCCACAUGAAUGACUACAUCGACCUGGUCAUUCCACGCGGAUCUAGCGAGCUGAUCGAGAAGAUCCAGAAGUCCAGUCAGGGUAUUCCGGUCCUCGGACACAGCGAGGGCAUCUGUCAUGUGUACAUUGACCAGCACGCCAGUGCUGACAUGGCAAACAGAAUAGUUCACGAUGCCAAGUGUGAUUACCCUGCUGCCUGUAACGCCAUGGAAACGCUCCUCCUGCAUAAGUCACAUCUCUACACACCACUCUUCGACAAGAUCUUUGACACCUUCAAACAAGAAAAUGUGAAGAUUCAUGCAGGUCCCCGCCUCAGUCAGUCUCUGAAGUUUGGGCCGACCCAAGCCACAUCCAUGAAGACAGAGUACAGUGCCCUUGAGUGCACAGUUGAGGUCGUGGAGGACAUCGAUGAGGCCAUCGCACACAUCAACAAGUUCGGCAGCUCCCACACCGAUGCAAUAGUCACUGACGAUGAUGUAGCAGCGAGUCACUUCAUGAGGAUGGUGGACAGUGCGUGUGUGUUCCACAACGCCAGUACCAGGUUCGCAGAUGGAUACAGGUUUGGACUUGGGGCUGAGGUCGGUAUCAGCACAUCUCGUAUCCAUGCUCGGGGCCCUGUAGGCAUCGAGGGCCUGCUGACCACAAAAUGGCUGUUGUCUGGUUCGGGGGAGACGGUCGCAGAUUUCACACAAGGGAAAUUGCAAUAUCUACACGAGAAACUUCCUGUCAAGGAUGAAAACGGCAGUGACUUUGCAUCAGAAGCUAAUGUUUAAUAUUAAAGUGAAGUCCUAAUACUAAGACAAUUCCACGAAGACGUCCAACAUACACAAACUAUUUUCCUAGUGAAUGUUGUUGAUAACUGAGUUACACCAUUGUUAUAUUGAUGAAUAUAUUUUUAUUAAGAAUUAACUGAGUGUAGGAAUUGAUUUAAUUUACAUACAUGUUUUUAAUUAUAUGGACCCUAUGCAUGCAUGGUUGAAGUAAGUUCACAGUGUUCCAUUAUUGAACUGACCGAAUAGGCUUUCAAAAUGGCUUCUGAAAAUGAAGGUAGGCCGUCAUCUGAUUAGUUACUAAGGUCUGAGUGGGUCUGCCAUCAGCUAACCAUCCGUCUUUGUCAAACUUUCAAUGUAUUGCACUGUUUUGUACUACACUUUGGAUAGGGAUGUUUUGAUCUUUCCUUAUAUACAAAAGUUAUUCUCAUAUGAGGUGUACAAUUGAACAGAAUGCCUAAUCUGAUUAUCCCUAUCAAAUGGGAUAAUAGUAUAUUAUGCGUGUCAUUUCAUUCAUGAAAAUACGAAAAUGUAAUGACAACCAAUAGUUUGGGUUCACAAUGAGAGAAGGACUUGCACCCAAGUUUUAGGAUUGCAUCAAUAUUGCAGGACAUCCUUACCAAAUACUGAGCAGUAUAUUUUUACCCUGAUAUCUAGACAAAGACAGAAUGUUUGUUAGACCAUGCCUUAUACAAUGUGUAUUAUUAAGCCCCUUUUCAUGCUGUUUGUAGUUAUAUUUAAUUUGCCAUAAUCUAGCUCUAGUCAAUCUGCAAUGCAUGACUUAGGUUUACAUAUGAGGGUCAAGAUUUUAUUAUAUUCCAAAUCACG